GUGUGUGUGUGAGGAUGUCCUGUCAUUACUGUGUUGGUACUGCUUGGGAGGGCUCUUUCACUCAGAGUCUUGGACCCUCAGCUGAAAAAGGCUCUUCUCUGAUCCUCCUCUGCUUCUGUCAGAGCUCAAGAACCAAACCCCAUCUUCAGCAACGCCUCAGAGACAAGCAUGAUUGAGUCUCAAGAGCACAACCACUCUCUGGACUACUACAAUGGCACGCCCUGGUUCGUGUACGAGUGCACCAUUGAACUGAACACGGACAACCGCCGCGUCGCCCUCUUCCUCCUCUAUCUCUUCAUCUUCAUCGCGGGCCUCCUGGAGAACCUGCUCGUGCUCUGGGUCAACUGGCGCAGACGUCACUCCGCUAACGGCGUGCUCUUCUGCCUGCUCAACGUCAGCAUGUCCGACCUGAUGGUUAUCCUCAUCCUCCCGUUCUACAUGCUGGAAGUGACCAUCAACCAAGUGUGGCUGUGGGGCCGCUUCCUCUGUAAAGUCACCAGUCUUGUCUACUCAGUCAACUUGUACAGUAGCUCUUUUUUCUUGGCACUAAUGACUCUAGAGCGCUACCUGUCACUAAGCAAGCCCACGUUCCCUUCCAUAUUCCCGGUGAACAGACGACGGCGUUGGUGGCUGUGCGCGGCGGUCUGGCUCUUUUCCUUCUUCCUCGCACUUUUGGAGAACGUGCACGUAGAUCUUCUGGAGUGGGACGACCCGGGAUGCUACAUGCUUCCUGAACAGAACUUUAUGGAGUGGUUUGUUUCUACGACGAUAGUUUCUCUAGUUUUUCAAUUUCUGAUUCCUGGAACGAUCAUCAUAACGUGUAAUUAUCUCCUGGCCAAGGCAGUACGCAACGCUCCAGACGUCCAGGACAAGAGAGAUGUGUGGCUGGUGCACGUUUACUCUGUGGUUUUUGUUGUGUGUUGGUUUCCGUUCCAUCUAAUCCUGUUUUUACUCAUGAUUGAUGACAUCAACCCGUUUCUGUUCAGCUGUAACACCGUCGAAGUCAUGUAUUUCACCUACAGCAUCGUCCAGACCUUUUCUCUGUUACACUGUGUGGCCAAUCCCAUUCUCUACAACUUCCUGAGCAAGAGUUUUCGCAGUAAUCUCAUCAGCAGAGUGGUGAGCUACAUCCCCAAAGAAGGGAAUGUGGAAGGACAGAUGGGAGGAGGGACGCAGCCCAACGGAGGAGGAGGAGGAACCGAGGGAGGGAAGCAGCGCAAGAUCAGCAACGCCAGCACCAGCCAGUCCGAUGUGGGCUCAUAAAUGUAUCCAUACUUUGCAACUGAUGUCAUCAACAUUCUCUGGGGGGGCAACGCUAACUGGAGGCACUGCUCUGUCUGAGGCUCUGUGACUGAAGUUAGAUUUUAAUCUGAUCUUUUGUUUUGAUCUGACCAGAAAGAGCUGGUUUAGUUGGAGCUACAACAGGUGAGCUCCUUUGCAGUCACAUUACAGUCACAGGCUUGUUAAAGAAUUUUUCACUUAGUCACACUCACCUUUUUGCCCAGUCAAUUCUCGUACUGAUCACAAGCUCCUGAAAAUGUGUUUAAAGGACACAUAUUAUGCCAUUCUCUGAUCUGUUAUAAAGUUGUUUCCUCAUUACAAACAUACCUGGAGUUGUGUUUUGUCUCAGGGUGCUUUCAGACCGCGAGUUUGAUUAUUUGGUUUGCACCAGGCAGUAAAAUAGUUCUUCUGUAUCAUAGACUCCAGUGUGGUCCUUUCACACCUGCAAACCAACCAAAAGUGAGGCUGAAACACACUGUCUCACUCAGUGGCCUUCUCAUGGAGCCCCCCCUCGGGGUAUGGACGGCACAGGCCAGUCCCUAAUUUUUCUAUGAACCUUACAUUUCUUGAAUCCUGCCUAAGAUUCUCCCUGCCCCGGAAAUCUCUGACUCACAAACCGGGGGCCCGCUGACCCAGUGUUCACACAGGGCGACCUGGUUGAUCCUGCCAGUAACAGAUGCUUGUCUCAAAGAUGAAGCUGUGCAGGUCUAAGUCCACACGGCCGCUACACUGAACCUGUGAAUGGCUCAUUAAAUCAGUUCUGGUUCCUUUGAUCGAUCCACUGUUACUUGGGCCACAUUUUGCCUCGGUUCGAGGUUUGCCUCAUGUCUUCUUCACUCACCACAAACAGGAAAUGAAAUAAUUGGUAUCCUCACAUUUUGUUUGGACCUACUGUAUCAGAGUUUGGCAUUUGGUCAAGCGGUCCAAGAGCUCAAAAAAGAGGCAGUCUCAGUGAUUUAGUGGUUUAAUGCAGAUCCGAGUGUGACUGAAGGUUUCACACCAAUGAAAAACAAGCCCAACUAAGAGCUUCUGGUUUCAAUGAAACGUGUAAAAGAACCUCAUUCACCCGUUUAACACACAAACCCUGCAGAUUUAGGCUGAGUUCUUCUCUCAGAUAGAAAACGCUUCCACCUUGUGAUGUCAUGUGGUAAUACAGGAAGUGCUCCACUGUGUUUUUAAACUCUAUACACCUUCACUAGAAUCAUUUGGAUCAUUGCCCCCUCGUGCUAAUGAGGUAACAACAUUAUAACACGGCUUUAAAAUCACCAGAACACAUUUUGUAUAAUUUAGGACCUUUAAAUACAUUUUGUAAUUUUUCUUGAUUGAUCAGACAAAUUUAAAAAUGUUUGGACAGAGUUUGCCAACGAGCAUUGUGUCACCAUGGAAAAUACUGAACAUGCCACCAUAAACACACAUGCAGAACCCCCCAGUGUGAAGUUACUGCAAAGUAUCAGCAGGAAAUGUUCCAAAGUGAGCCAUUUCCAUUCUGUUUGAAAGUCUGUCUUGCACUUAUUCUAUUACAGGUGUUUUUAUUGCUCAGGAAAUCACUUUAAAAACGUCUUACUGUGAGUGUGGUCGCCUCUGCAUAGAUCUGACCUGGAACUGGGCCUGGUAGCAUCAUCUGCUUUAUAUUUUGAAAAUGAAUUUUGAUUAAUAUAUAACAAUGUUGUGUUUUCUUCUGUGACAAUUGUCAAAAGCUCAAUAGCUUAUUUCCUGGACAUGUUUCGGCGGCAGCACUUCACUUUGGUCACAGGUGUCACUGCCGACGUGUUCAGGUGACGUCAGUGUGAUGGAUCUGGCAGAUCUGUUAGACUGACCACACUCUCUGCACGGUGGUGUCUGGAGAAGUGAGUCCCAUGUGUGAGCUGAGGUGAACGCCCCCUUGUCUCAGUUGAUGGUCCGUGGGCCCCGCUUCCUGAUUUCAAUGAUCUUGUAUCUUUUGUAUGUGUCCCAAUCCAUGACAUGGAGAUGAUUCUUGUCUCCAUGGAGACGAUACGUUCGCACGUUCUAGGUAAAGCAAUAACAUCAUAGAAUUUUUGUUAAGAUUUUAAGAUGCUAAAUUCUAAACCACUGCACUUUUGUUCACUUGUGAAUAUUAUUUUGGCUAACACAAUAUUGCAGCGUCCCAGUUUUCUGGCCUCACACACACGUCUGCACUCGUGGUGGGAGGGCUGCAGAAGUGGAAGAACAGGUGGGCGGGGCUUGAGUCUGCACCAGAAUAUUUGCAAACGCGCUAAUGUCUGAUAGCAGAGCUUAUGUCACACAUGUUUUGGCUGUUUUCAUGUCUGUACAUGUCCACUGAGAGGCUCCUCCCACCUGCACGAGAAACACCAUUUCCAUAGUGCACCUUUAACCUGACCUUGACCUGCCAUCAUCUCAAAACACGAGAACUCCUGAUGCGUAUUCUUUUAUGUAACUCCACGGUAACUCUUUCCUGCCAUAAUUCUAAGUCUUCCUGUUUUUUGUAUCUGGGCCGAAGCUGAAGUCGGAAAUAUUUCACAUUUGAGUUUCCUGGAUGCUGACCUCCCUCAGGACGGCUUCAGAGGAAGACUGGCACACCACCAAUAAACAAAGGGAUGUCUUGUGACUGAUAAGAGCUGUGUAUUCAAAC